UAGUAUGAGCGAAGCGCCAAAUUUUGUCCUUUAUGAACAUGCUGUGGGGUACGCCCUUCUCCGAGUCAAGGAGUUUGAAGAUAUCGGGAUGAUGAUUCCUGAGGUGGAACAAUCAGUCAGUGAUGUGCAGCGAUUCUGUUCCGUUGUUAAAUUGGAGGCAUUUGAACCUUUCAAAAAUACAGAAGCAGCUUUGGAGAAUUGUAAUGCGAUUUCAGAAGGCUUAGUGCAUCAUGAUCUCCUCACUUUUCUGGAAAGCAAUUUGCCGAAGAAGAAAAAGAAACGGGUGGUACUGGGAGUUGCGGAUUCAAAGUUGGCUAGUGCAAUAAGCGAAAGCAUUGAGGGGAUCAAAUGUCCUUACUCCGGAGUCGUCCCAGAAAUUAUGCGAGGCGUAAGGAUUCAUUUCCAACGUCUCGCUCAGGAGUUACCACACCAUUCCUUGUCGAAGGCCCAACUUUCUUUAGCGCACAGUUAUUCGCGGUGCAGAGUGAAAUUCGAUGUACAUCGUGUUGAUAAUAUGGUCAUUCAGUCGAUAGCUUUGUUAGAUCAGUUGGAUAAAGAUAUCAACCGUUUUGGGAUGCGUAUUCGUGAAUGGUAUUCUUAUCAUUUCCCUGAGCUUUUCAAAUUAGUGCCGGAUCAGUAUAAAUACGUCAAGUGCGCGUGCACGAUCAUGGAUCGGAAGACUAUCGACGAAAGUACUUUAGAAAAAAUAAAAGCCAUCGUCGAGGAUGAUGACAAAGCAAUGGAGAUUAUUGAAGCAGCAAAAACAUCGAUGGGCAUGGAGAUUUCCGAGAUAGAUUUGUUGAACAUUGAUCGUUUUGGAAAUCGAGUGACAUCUUUGACUGAUUACCGUCAACAGUUGCACGCCUACAUUCGGGAACGGAUGUAUUCUUGCGCUCCUUCAUUAUCCGCUUUGGUUGGAGAGCAGGUGGGUGCACGGUUGAUUUCGCACGCAGGAAGUUUAACGAACCUAGCGAAGUAUCCUGCCUCAACUGUGCAGAUUUUGGGAGCUGAAAAAGCACUUUUCCGAGCAUUGAAAACACGGUCUAAUACUCCUAAAUAUGGACUACUGUUUCAUUCAACUUUUAUUGGAAGGGCAGCACCUAAAAAUAAGGGUCGAAUAUCUCGUUUUCUUGCGAACAAGUGUGCUGUAGCUUCACGUAUUGAUUGCUUCUCUGAAGUUCCAGUGCCUACUUUUGGAGAGUUUUUAAAACAGCAGGUGGAGGAUCGAUUAAAAUACUUUGAGACUGGACAGAUACCCAAGAAAAAUAUGGUGGUGAUGAAGGAAGCUUCAGAACAGGCAGAAGGCGCAAUAAUCAAGGUUUUGAAAAAAAGAAAGAAGGAAGCGAAGAAAGCUAAAGCACUGGCCGCUGAACGGGAUGCUAAAGCUGUGGAGACUGCUAGAGUAGAGAAGAAGAAGAAGAAGAAGAAGUCAAAUGAUUCUAUGAGUGCCGAGGACGUGCAAGAUGAACUAGAGGACGAUGGGGACGAGGACGGAAUUGAAAUAAAGCGCAAGAAGCGGGAUGACGGCUCGAUUUCAGAGAGCCGUAAACACAAGAAGAAGGCAAAUAGUUUGGAGGCAGCACAACAAGAAUCAGACUCAGAAAGCGAAGAAGAUUCAGAUCAACAAACAGGGCUGAAGAAGAAACGC